GCGCCAGAGUUCGAAUCUUUAUUUACCUGAUCGUUUAUCAUUGUACGCUUUAGCGUGAUCAAAGUUGAACUCAUUAAUGCAAGGUAGCUAGAGUGCUGCACUAUGGCAGCAACCCUGAAGUUCCCAGUGAGCAGGGUGGCACUGUGGGACCAUUGUAGCAAGGGAGCAGCCUCAUACAGUCAUCUUGCAUAUUAUAGAAACCCAACAAUCCUAUUGGAAGAAAAGGCACUAAGAUUAGCGCAUAGAUAUGCCCAAGAUUCUGGUGAUGACAGCUUCAGGUGUCUCUUGAUAGGGAACAUUAACAUCACAUCAGAUGGUGAGGGAGUGAUUGUCACUCUAGACCAGUUCAAGCCAUUAGAAGGUCCAGUCAGCUUCGAGGCUCAAUUAAUGCCAGGGGAGAUCAGGUCUCCAUGUGAGUUAAACAACAACCAAACCCAUGGAAAGAUAGAAAAACCUCUCGAUUCAUAUGAAAUGGCAUUAAAGCUUCUUACACAGCAAUGCAGCUCAACCAGACUUGACAUGAAUGAUGCUGUGUGUCUACAAGCCUGUAUCUCAUAUACCCAGGAGAAGCACACAAUAAACCUGGACAUUGACUUGGACCUAAUGACAUUCAGCACACAGUUACAAGCUGUUCCAGUCUCUCCUGUGCCCAUUAUACAAACUGCAUUGUCCAAAAAUCUUGCUAGUGGACAGAGCAUGAGUGCUCUACAAGGUCAACCAAAGGCUGGAUAUUUGACACUGGACCAAACCAGGAAGCUGCUACUAGUUUUAGAAUCAGACCCUAAAGUCUCCACUCUUCCCCUGGUUGGAGUAUGGUUGAGUGGAGUGUCAUAUGUCUAUGAUCCAUUUGUGUGGACAAUGUGUUUGAAGUAUCUCUACAGCUCUGUCAUACAAGACAGAGUGUGUAAAUCUAAAGAGCCGUUCCUAGUUGUAUUGUACAGUAACCUACAUCCAAAGCCAGAGUUCUAUGAAUGCAUACCUACUGGCAAUAAUACUUGCUUGGAUUACUCACUCUACACUUGCUUUGAGAAAGUAGAGAUAUAUAAGGGUCAGUCUGAUCAGAGAUCAAACCUCAUAGAGCUGGAAGUCAUCAAAGUAGAACAAGGACCAAAACUGGAGAAAUUCAAUGAAGCCAAACAGCUUAUAAAAGAUACCCCUGUGUUGCCGAAGAGAAUUCCCAAGUUGAAGCAUACCCCUGUUAGGCCAAGUAGAAAAGAGGAUCUUGACAUGACCCCCAGAGCCUCCCCCUCCCCACACCAGACCAAGGUUCCUGUAAUUCAGCCAUCUGUUCCUGAUGUAUCAUUAAUAUUCGAGGAUGAAAAUUUAAACUGUAUGGAUAUCAACAAAAAUACCCCCGAGAACAUGAAUAUUCCAAGCAGGCCACCAUUACAGGUUGUUAACAGGGUGCUCCAGGCCCCUGGGGUGCCCACACAUACACAUACUAGGCUAAGUGGAGGGAAACCAGGAAUGCUGGAACACAUGUAUAAACCUAUGGUGACAAAAUCAGGUGGUAAGGUAUCCCCACAUUUACAAAAGGAAAACCAACCUGAUGAUGGGACUCCGAGAGCCCCUGUUCACCAAAGACCCCAACAUCCUGAGGCUCACCAUGGUACAUCACAACAUGGCCCUGGGUAUAACGCACACCAGCAUGGUCCAAGUGGAGGUGUUAGGGCACACCAUACAAGAGCUACACCACCCGCUAUGUCCCCACAAUGGGACUACACCACAGCACAUAGACAAAUGUAUAGGGGUUAUCCACCAAAUCAAAUGAGCCCCAUGCCUGUUAAUAUGAACUACCCACCAUAUCCAGGUAUGUACGCAAGUCCACCUUUUAUGCAAACAAUGCCAAUGCAUCCCUAUUAUGAUCCCCGUCUCAGUCCUCAAUAUCCUGGCAUAUCUCAAGGCUACAUUUAUGGACAACCCUCCUCAGGACCAAGGCAACUUUCUGACAAUGAAGAUAUACACCGCAAUCAAAGGAGAAAAAGAACAUCCGUUAAAUCAACUGGUGUUCAACCAAAUAACUCCUCCGCUGCUACCAAACAGGUCACAUCCGUUGCAAGUGAUCAAAUAAAAUCAGGAGAUACUAAGAGUGGUGCGUUAACUGAGAUUUCUGAGCAGUCUGUUUCACCAAAUUCACAUAGGAAUGCACAACCACCAGGCCCAUCAGCUGAGGAGCCAAAUUUAAAACCACAUUCGAAAUCUAACCCUGCAAGUCCAGAAAACAAUGGUGCCCUUGGUGUUGUUUCCACACAAUCAAUCUCCAACUCAAAUCCUGCCACCCCUACAAUAUCUAUCUCAAACCCUACUACCCCUGUAUUUGGAAGCACAAACCCUACCACCCCUGCAAUGUCUGAUCAGAAUUCACAAGUUGCAUUCUCGAGCCCCGCACUAUCUGAAGUGAGUGCCAUGACAACCCCAGAAGUUUAUAAGCUACUCAUGCACCAAGAUUCCCAGCUCAGAUUACUACAAAAUCAAAUACAACAGCUGUUAUCUGUCACCAAUGCCUCCCCAUCACAACCAGCUCUUCCCAGCAUGCAUGAUAACAAACCUUCCCAACCGACAGAGGAGGUCAUUACCCAAGCAUGUCUCAACACAACUCAGGACACAAACCCGAAACAACCACCUGAAAAUGCUCAAGCUAUGGUAACACAAGAAAUCACUGUUGCCAGCAGCCCUAUAGCUCAAGAUGAGGCUUCCGUUACUCCAAGGGAGGAUGUAUCCCCAUUCUCAGCUGAUACAUCAAGUGAUGACACAUUAUGCUCCACAGAUGAUGACCCCCAGCCAAGGCUUCCUGGGGACAUCACCAUGGAGAGUAUGAUGUCACAGAUGAUAGUUGACAUCCCCAGCUACCAAUCUACCCCUGAAAGGUAUGGUGACCGACAGGCAGAUAGUCCUCCUGUGGAGAGUGUCAGUAUGUGUGCAAACAUGGCAGACUCCAGUACCAGUUCAGAGUCUGAAGAUGAGGAUGAAAGGGAAUCUGAAAAGUAUCUUGACAACCAGAAGGAGUACUUUCAAUCACUACUGGGUAAUGUUCAGCAACUUCUAGCUAAACACGCAGAGGAAAAAGGAAAACAAAACCCCAGGCUAUCAUUACCUGCUGGGAAAGUUACCUCCCCUGUUCAGCAAACCAGGCGUCUUUCAGAUCUUCAUGAGCGACCAAAAGAAAGGCAGCAUGACCCACCCCAACAUAAUGUAUUCGAUUCCACAAUGAAGCAGUUGAAGAAGAUGGGAGUUGAAGUCUCUCCUGAGAAAGAUGCAGCUGAGAGGCUUGGUGAAGGAAGCUUUAUGUUUGAUCCCGCUUUGUUGCCCAAAGUUAACUAUGUCUCCAUGAUGUUAGAGUCAACUGAGACAGAUCUUAGUGCAGAUGUCAACACUAUAGCUAUGAAAUACCUUAAGGAUGACCAGCUCACUGAACUUCAGAGGUUCUCAUCCAAAGCAAGAAAAAAUCAGCGUGGCAAAUCAGUUAUGUUUGAGCAUAUAGCUGAAAAGACUACAAGUGAUAUGACUAUGUAUGCAAAUAAUAUGUCAUUCGCAACUAAAAAAUAUAUGCAGAGAUAUGGACUGAUGAGUUGGGGAGAGGAAUCAACAGAUUCUUCUGGGAUAGAAAUGCAAUCACCAGUAACUGUACAGGAGUCACCAGUGACUAUAGGUGAAUCACCAGUGACUGUAGGUGAUAUCAUGCAAAAGGUUCAUGAAAAACUAAGUCCAGAAAGACCUGAAAGUGUUUGUGAUCAACGUAUUAAUUCAGAUAAGGAAAAUAAAAAACUGGACUAUGCAGGAGAUGUUAGUCUUCCACAUAAGGAUAACAGGCGAUUGACAAACAGUGAAAAACCAGUCAUGAUAUUUAAUAAAUCAAACAGAAAAUCGUUAGAGACUGGAAAAAAGUCAUCUGGGAAUAUUUUGGAUGUUGAAAGAUUAAAACAGUUGCCUAAAUUGUUGUGAAUUGUUGUAAAAUGUUGUAUUUAUUUAUAUCAGUCUAAAACAUGUUCUGCUGUUUGUGCUGUAUAUAUUAUUUUUGUAAAAAUGGUAAUUGUAUUAUAAUAAUGUCACCACCAGAAGUGGUGUUCGGAGAUCGGCGUCUGUCACAAUUUCCAAUAACUUACAAGGUGAUGACAU